AUGGGUCGUCGCUCUCCCUCUCCUUGUCGUAGUCGUAGUCCCCGUCGCUCUCGUCUUCGCAGUCGUAGCUCGUCUCCUCCACCAAAACGGUCCCGUUCUCGCUCUCGUGGUGAUCGUCGAGUCCGUUCUCGUUCCCACGAUCGUCGACGAGGUCGCACUCGAGACCGUGGCAGCGAUCGUCGUGGUCGUUCUCGCUCUCCUCCUGGUCGUCGUGAACCCAUUAGUCUUUUGGUUCGUAAUUUGUCCCCUGAGACAACGCAGGACGAGCUUCGGCAUGCCUUUUCUCGCACUUCAGGCGACAUUCUGGACGUUUACAUUCCCAAAGAAUUCAAUUCGAAUCGUCCCCGAGGGUUUGCGUUUAUUGAGUUUGCCGAUGCACGUGUGGGACGUGAUGUGAAGUACGAAAUGGACCGGUCGCAACUUGGUGGACGGGAAAUUGCUGUCUUGUUUGCGAAACAACAUCGCAAAAGUCCCCAUGAAAUGCGACGGAUUUUAAACGUCCCAAGUGAUGACUCACCAAGACGAGACGGAUCGCCACGUCGUCGUUCCAAGUCGCGGUCCCGUUCGAGUUUUCGAAAGAGACGCAGUUCAAGUCCAGGUGAGAAGCGGGAGUCGACGUCACCACGUGGGUCGCCUUCACGUCGUGCUUCUCCUUCGCCAAAGCGUGAGGUGGAGACAAUGUUGUUCAAUGCAGCAACUGAUCAUUGUCGCUCGCGUUUAGUAAAGCUGCGAGGUUUGCAAAACAGGACAAGAACUGAAGAGGAUGAGGCCAUAAAGAAACAGAUACGGGGAAAGAAGACUUUGCAUUUAACUCGAUCAAGAAUGUUUCAUGACGAUGCUUGCAUUUGA